GAAUUGACUUCUACAUAGAUGAUAGACUCCACGAUGAAGGGAAGAAUUGUAGUAUUUUCAAUAAUUGGUUGUCCCCAUUGCAUGAAUGCUAAGAAUCUACUCCAGGAAAAGGGUUUGGAAUACGCCGAUGUCAGUUUAGACGAAUAUCCUCAAAUGAGAGAAUGGUUAAGAGACAAUACAAACAGCAAAACUGUACCACAAAUAUUUUUCAACGCCUUGCAUGUUGGUGGAAAUGCCGAGUUAAAGGAAAAGAUAAAAGACAAAGCCGAAUGGGAAGCUCUCCUAGAAGAAAUUGAAAAAAACGCCCCUGGUUCUGAUGCUCCUGAGUUACCCCACCCCAGCACGGCAGUGGCCUCAACAUCCAUAGGCGAUUUUACCUGCGAGCCUGACGAAUAUGCUAAAUUGGUCGAAGAGAUGAGAAAUUGCGGUAUAGUUAAGAAUCAUUCAAAAAUCUUCUCGACUGUAAAGAAUGCUUUCACGGGAAAAGACUUUGUCGAAUGGGUUAAAAAGGCAAAGAAAUUAGACGAAACAACAGCCAUUGAAAUGGGCCAGGCCCUUAUCGAUCAGCAUUUUGGAAAAGAGGUCAAAAAAGAUGGUCAAACAUUCAAAGCCGAUAACACGCUGUAUCGCUUAAUUGAAGACGACGACUCUACAGCAUUAAAUGCAGGUGAAACUUCACCUUGUACACAAGGAUCAGCAUUACAACUGGCUGAGAGUAUGAGAAAACUGAUUUUGAAAUUAUAUUCUGUAUUUUUGUCGAGUGACGGAAAAAAAGUUAAUUACAAAGGCAUUUCUACCGCUUCCGAAUUCAAAAUGUAUCUGAAGUUAACGAAAGAAUUAAUUAGGGUUGAUAUAGAACACGCAACUCGUGAGGAGAAAUUAGCCUUCUUCAUUAAUAUCUAUAAUGCUUUAGUUAUUCACGCUAAUAUCGUUCUUGGCCCACCGACUAAUCUGUGGCAGAGAUAUAAGUUUUUUAAUACGGUUCGUUACAUUAUUGGCGGUAAUGAGUAUUCUUUACAAGAUAUUGAAAAUGGAGUUUUAAGAGCGAACAGAAAAGGAGUCGGUCAAUUUAGACUGCCAUUUGGUAAAGACGAUCCUAGAAGAAAGAUUGCUUUAAAAGAGAAUGAACCUCUGAUUCAUUUUGCUUUGAAUUGUGGUGCUAAGAGUUGCCCACCUAUAAAGACUUUCAGCGCGAACGGUAUUGAUGAGCAGUUAAAAAUGGCAGCCGAGGCUUUCCUCGACAACGACGACGGUUGUACACUGAAUCGAAAUAGCAUUAAACUAUCAAAAAUCUUUAGCUGGUAUAAAGAAGACUUUGGUAAAAAUAACGCUGAUCUGGCAAAUUGGAUAUUCAAGACAAUGGGAGCCGGCGAUAAAAAAGACAAAUUGGAGGAAAUUCUUUCAGGAAAGAAUUACUCCUUAUCAUUUUUGGAUUAUGACUGGGGUGUUAACUCUAAAUAGAUAAUCAAAAAACAUCAAAGCUAUUAUUCUCAUUUGUAACCAGUUCUGUGAAAAAGAAGAUAUUUUAUAAUAGAAAUUCAUAUAAAAUAAAAAAUGAAAUAAAUACUCGAUGUUGUCUUUAAUAUCAAAGGCGCCAUUAAUCAUUAACAUGCUACAGGCGUCACUUAUAUUUGUAAUCAGUUGUUACUGUUAUAUACGUCUAAUAUUUCUAAUGAAAUGCUUUUAAAUAGACAGUAGGAGUUCCUUUAAACAAAUAAAUUAUUUAAUUCUACUAAUGCUAAUAUACCGGUUUCUUCUAGGAAUCGAGAAAAACUCUUCUGCAGAACUGAAAAAGUUCUUAGAUGUUCUUUCUUAU